AUGGGUGAUAGCGGUGGCUUCGGCGAACUGCUAGAGAUUAGUUAUUUCAAGGAUCAGCCUGUGCCAGCAUCAGAGAACUAUGGCCGUCAGCUUUGUCUGGAACUGAAGAACAAACCUUGCACCUUGGUGAUAUGUGAGGCAGAACCAGAGGAGCGACGCAUGCCUGAUCUUUCUGAUUGGGUUUCUAGUACUGCGUCCUCAGCUGAUUAUCAGGUCAUCUGUCUAAGCAAUUCCCUCAGAGUUUUAUCUAUUCCACCUUCUGUAUUUCCUGCCCAUUUAAGCAUUUUGGUAGGUGUUUUCAAGUUGGUUUAUGAUCAAACAGCGAACAUGGCUGUUGUUGGAAGUCUGUUCAAUCCAACUGCAGAACAGUUGGUUUCAUAUUAUCUGAGGAAGAUGAUUUUAGGACAGACAUUGAUGAAAGAGGAGAGAUUUUUUGCCGUGAAAGAUUUGUAUAGGGAUGAUGAUCUUCCAUGGCAGAUUGUGAAAUCUCAAAAAACCCUAGUGGCUGGUUGUGGUGCUUGCCAUGUUCAUUCUUCGGCCAAGCCAGUCAUGACCAAUAAUGGUUCAGGAAGGAAAAUUGGACAACGUAAGACCUUCACCUUGCAAUCCCCUGCACAAAGUGUUGGGCAAUGGACCAUUACUGAAUAUUCAAUUGAUGCUGCUGCCCAUGGGAUUCCGGAGGUGGAAGGAAUCAAUUACUCUGAUUAUAUAUUAUGGGAUUCUGAUAUGGUGGCUGCUGCUAAGGAACAGAGUUUUGGGAAGAAGAUGAAAGUAGUAAGCAGCUGUGAAGAUUUGAGUGUGGUUACUUGUUUUGAUGAGGAAGAGGGCAGCGAUAAUGUUGUCCCUUUCCUGAUAAAUGAGGUAGCUGCUGCUGCUAGUCCAUCCACAUGUUGGAAUGUUCCUGUUGAUGAAUCAUUCUUGGAUGAUCCAAACUUUUUGGAUUUCGACAUCAAUUCUUUCCUGAAUCACAUGGUGGUUUACAAUUGA